GCUGGGAGAGGGAGGCUGGUUAUGACUCAGAGGAGGGGGCAGCCUCCUGUCAUGGAGGGUGACUGCCCUAGAGGGGUCACCAAGGCAGGGGCUUGGGGCCUGGGUGCCUCCAAGCCAUAAUGCUGGGGGAACUAAUGUCUCUUUUUAGGUAUCUCCAUGGGAUACUUGCGUCCUCAGGCACCGUAGGAGCACUGGCGGCUUGGCUGCUCAGCUAUAAGCCAGCCUUGUUUGGGUUCCUUUUCCUUCUGCUGUUGCUUAGCAACUGGCUGGUCAAGCAUGAACUCAAGCCCACCCCCCCAGAGCCCUCGCAGGAACAGGCAGAGAAACCAAAGCCUCCUGAGGCCAAACCCAACAGCUACGUCUUGAACACGAAAGAAGUCGAGAGACUGCACGCCUGCUUCGCCCUCCAGGACAAGGUCCUCGAACAGCUUAUGUUCAGUGAAAUGAAGCUGAAGGUCUUAGAAAAUCAGAUGUUCAUUGUGUGGAAUAGAAUGGGUCACCGCAAGAGGUCAAGCCGACAGCGGACUUUUCCCAUGAGGAAACACAGAAUAAGGAGACAUGACUCCAUUUUGUCCAUCGUCUCUGACUGUACUUCUAAUUCCCCCUAACGAGGUCAGAGAGACUGGGGUGGGCUGGCCUCUUCUGAUGUUACCUUUACUCAGUAAAACCCAGUCAGAGACUAUUCAAUUUUCUUAGUAAAUCACACCGGAGAGCAGGAUUGGAGGCUGACAGGCCAAUCACCUCUGGGAAAGAAAUCAAUACUCACUCCUUCAGCCACAUAAUGUUCUAAGAACGACCUGACCACCUUAACCCUAGUCUAGGACUCAGGGUUCAGUUGACCACCUUA